UUUUCCCAACCGAAUCCCAAAAGCGACGGAUGCCGUGCGAAAAGUCGACCUGGAUGCAUCCCCACAUUCCAUCUGCAUCCGGAUCCAGGGGCCGGACCUGCUGAGCCGCUCUCCCAUCGGGAGGAAUGCCGAGGCGGGAUCCGGGCGGGAUCGGCUUUUGUUCGUCGCUGAGCACCGGCAGCGCCUGAGCCCUUCCCUGAGGGAUCUGCUGCCUCCAGCCCUUCCCUGAGCACGAUGGGAACCACGGAAGCCACGCUGCGGAUGGAAAACGUGGAUGUGAAGGAAGAAUGGCAGGACGAGGAUUUCCCCAGACCUCUCCCAGAAGAGACAGGGAUGGAGUCACUGGGAAGCCCAACGGAAGACGAGAACACAUCCUCUCCCCCCAACACUUUAAACUUUAACGGGGCCCAUCGGAAGCGCAAGACACUCGUGGCACCCGAAAUCAACAUUUCCCUGGAUCAGAGCGAAGGCUCCAUCCUCUCUGAUGACUUCCUGGACACUCCAGACGACCUGGAUAUUAAUGUGGAUGAUAUUGAGACACCUGACGAGACAGAUUCCCUCGAAUUCCUGGGGAAUGGGAACGAACUGGAAUGGGAAGAUGACACCCCCGUAGCCACGGCCAAGAACAUGCCUGGGGACAGUGCAGACCUGUUUGGGGACGGGGGCACGGAGGAUGGCAGUGCCACCAACGGCCGGCUCUGGAGGACCGUCAUCAUCGGGGAGCAGGAGCACAGGAUCGACCUCCAGAUGAUCAAACCCUACAUGAGAGUGGUGACACAUGGAGGGUACUACGGAGAAGGUCUCAAUGCCAUCAUUGUCUUUGCUGCCUGUUACCUCCCCGACAGCAACCUGGCUGAUUACCACUACAUCAUGGAAAACCUCUUCCUGUACGUGAUCAGCAGCCUGGAGCUGCUGGUGGCCGAGGAUUACAUGAUCGUGUACCUGAACGGAGCGACGCCCCGGCGGAGGAUGCCAGGCCUGGGCUGGCUGAAGAAAUGCUACCAGAUGAUCGACAGAAGGCUCCGUAAAAACCUCAAAGCCCUGAUCAUUGUGCACCCGUCGUGGUUCAUCCGGACGGUGCUGGCGAUAUCCAGACCCUUCAUCAGUGUGAAGUUCAUCAAUAAGAUCCAGUACGUGCACACCCUGGAGGAGCUGGAGCAGCUCAUCCCCAUGGAACACGUGCAGAUCCCAGACUGUGUCCUACAAUUCGAAGAAGAGAGGAUCAAGGCCAGAAAAGAAAGGGCAGAAGAGAAACAAGACAUGGCUGAGAGGGAAAGCAGGCCUGUGCCUCCAGGAGAGGACCAAGAAACCAGUAUGUCCUGAAUGGAAGCAGGAGGUGGAUGGAUGGAGUGGAAGGACACAGCCUGGCAGCCACCCACGGCAAUGACCUUUUGGGACAAGACCUUGUCACCAUCUUAUUCCAAGUCCUGUAAGAUCCCGGAGCCUGCCUCCUCUGUCUCCAAGAUGCAAAGCUCUUUAACCUUUUUGGAAACAUUUUACCUUAAAAAAAAAAAAAAAAAAAGAAGAAGAAGAAGAACAACAA